AUGACGCAAUAUUUACCCCAAAAUUUAUUGGCGCUGUUUGCGCCAAGAGACCCAAUCCCAUAUCUUCCACCAAUUGAAAAAUUAACAUGGGAGAAAAGGACAGAUGGUUACUCGGGUUUGGGCAAUUUAAUACAAAAAUUUGAGGAUCCGAAAGACACCCCACCUCCAACAAUAAUAGAAACUCGUAAGGACAGAUUGGACCGCAUGCGUAAGGAAAAGGCGGAACAAAUCCAGUACAAAUUAGAACAAGACAUUGCUCUAUGGGACCCUCACAAUAAUGAAUCUGCAACUGGAGACCCUUGCAAGACACUCUUUGUUUCCCGCAUUAAUUAUGAUACAACGGAGUCUAAGCUAAGAAGAAAUUUUGAAAUCUAUGGACCCAUUAAGAAGAUUGUUAUGGUUUACAACAUUAAGACAGGAAAGCCUCGGGGAUACGCAUUUAUCGAAUAUGAACACGAGCGAGGCAUGCACUCGGCUCGCAAACAUGCUGAUGGAAAGAAGAUUGACAAUCGUCGAGUUUUGGUCGACGUAGAGCGUGCUCGCACAACCAAGGGCUGGUUGUCUCGAAGAUUAGGUGGAGGUCUGGGAAGCACGCGUCGUGGCAGACCAGAUGUAAAUGAAAACCCUGGUCGUGAAGAUUAUCUUAGACGUGUUGGUAGUGCAAGGGAUGCAGAUCGUAUGACGAGUAAUAAUCGAGAACGAGUUGAUAGGGAUCGUGACCCUGAAAGUAGGCACACCCACAGUCGAGAACGAGAACCAAGGGAUAGACGCAGGAGGUCACGCAGCAGAGAUCGGAAGCGUCAAAGAUCUCGUUCUCGUGAACGUGAUGCAACAGAACCAGAGGAAGGUGAUAAUGGAGAGAAGAGACAUCGUAGAUCACGCUCCUGUGACCGCAAUAGACGAUCAAAGUCACGUGAGGGGAAACAUGGCAGGGAACGGGACCGAGAAAGACGUGAGCGUAUUCCAAGGGAAGAAGAAGAAGAGAAUAUUAUCAAAAUCAAGAAGGAGCCAAAGGAUGACUAUCCUGAUUAUGAAGGCUCAUAUCAUAAUAACUUCCCCAUGAAGGAUGAGGACAAUGGUAUUAAAUAUGAGGAGAAAGAGGCAAAUAAUGAAAUUAAUGAUUAA